AUGGAGUUAAGUUGGGUUUGGAUGAUUGUUGCCACUUUCUUGGCAUUUUACAUUUUUGUAAAGAAAAUAGUGAGAAAGUUGAAUGGGUGGUAUUAUGAUAAGAAAUUAGGAAACAAACAUAGCUUAUUGCCUCCUGGUGAUAUGGGAUGGCCUCUUAUUGGAAACAUAAUUCCCUUCAUCAAACAUUUCUUCUCUGAUCAUCCUGAUUCAUUCAUCAACAACUUAGUCUCCAAAUAUGGAGAAAGUGGUAUCUACAAAACUCAUUUGCUGGGAAAACCAAGCAUCAUCGUAUGCACACCUGAGAUGUGUAAGAGAGUGUUGAAUGAUGAUGAGAACUUCAAGCAAGGGUAUCCAAAAUCCACCAGUGAGCUGUUGAAAAACAAGGCUUUGAGCAAUGUGUGCAGUGCAGAACACAAGGGUUUGAGAGAGUUGGUGAGUUCUGGGAUUUUGGGUCAGAAAGUUUUGGCAACGAACCUAGAAAUUGUGGAGAAUAUAGUGAUUAAUUCAUUGGAUGAGUUAUCCAGAAUGAAACAACCCCUUCAGGUUUUCAAAGAGAUGGAAAAGAUUUCCUUUGAAACCAUUGUUCACAUCUUGAUGGGUUCUCACACUAAUUCCAACAACAUUGCAAAGUUGAGAGAGUUGUUUCACCAAUUCUCCAAAUGCAAUCCUAUAUAUUCUCUUCCCAUCAACUUCCCUGGUUUUUCUUUCCAUCAAGGACUCAAGGUAAGAAAGAAGUUGUUGAAGGUAAUUGAAUCGAUAGUGGGUGAAAGGAGGUCAGUGAUGAAAAUGGUAAAAAAUGGAGAUAAUAAGAAAGAUCUGAUUGACCUUGUUUUGGAUGCCAAAGGGGAAAAUGGUGAGGAAUUGAAGGACGAAGAUGUUGCAGAUAUUUUGUUAAUGCUUCUCUUUGCUGCUCACGAAACCACUGCAGUGGCUUUCACUUCCUCAAUUUUAUAUCUUACAAGACAUCCAUUACUCUUUGCAAAAGCUAAGGAAGAGCAAGAAGAAAUUGUGAAGGCAAGACCAUCAUCUCAGAAACAAUUAAGUCACAAGGAAAUUAAGAAAAUGAUUUAUCUUUCCCAGGUAAUGAAUGAAACCUUACGUCGUACCAGUAUUGCAUUUUCUGUUUUUCGUGAGGCAACUAAAGACGUCAAUAUCAAUGGUUAUAUCAUACCAAAAGGGUGGAGAGUUAUAGUUUGGUUAAGAGCUAUUCAUAUGAAUCCUAAAUAUUAUCCAAAUCCAGAAGAAUUCAAUCCAUCAAGAUGGGGUGAAAACAAUGCUAGGGCAGCAACCUUCCUUCCUUUUGGAGCAGGAACAAGGCUUUGUCCAGGAAAUAACAUUUUCAAAUACGAAAUUUCCAUAUUUUUACACUAUUUUCUACUAAAUUACAAGUAA